AUGGAGCGCCUUUCAGAAGAACUACUCGAUCAUGUAGUGUCCGAAGUCAUCAAUCCCCUGCCGAACAGGCAUACAUCAAACUAUGACGAUCUCAUCAACCUAUCGCUGGUUUCACGCAAGUUUUGUCGCAUCACAGAGCCGUAUAUCUAUCGUUCUUUGAUCCUCUCAAGAGAUAACGGAGACGACUUAUUGCAGACCUUUCAAAACCGACCUGAUUUGUUACUAUACGUUCGGGCCGUCUACGCGAUGCGGUAUGAUUACCUUGGUAAUCGGAUACGGAACUUCAUCUUGAAUGUACCUAACCUGCGAGAGUUGGAUUUGAACAUUGAGUCUGGCACGCUAUCCGAGAUCAUACCAGUUUUGAAGUUGCAAACCCUGAAGACAUUACGCCUCUCGGGUGUUACCGCUGACGAGAUUCCCGACGAACAUUUCGACGACUGGGAAUUCGAAAACAACACGCUUGAUACUCUGGAUAUCUCCUUCACUGAUCUCCAAUGGGGGCUUGGUGACGACGAAAUACAGGUCUUUGCGGCAGUGUUUCUCAACUUGAGACGUUUAAAAUUGCACAGCAAUUACGAAGGCAGCAUACGCGAUGUAUUGGAUGGCACCGCUUUCCGCCACCUGAUCCGCGCUUUCAAGCACAGUUUCGAGACAACUCUUCGCGAACUCACUUUUGAAUACAACCAUCCGAACGACGGCUUCAUAAUCGAAGAGGAUGAGGCUGUGAGCGGGAAUGUUGAUGUAAGGGACAUAAUCAAGAAUUCGCGGCUCGAGAAGCUCAGAUUCGACACAAUCUGUUUGCAUAAACCCAUGCAAGAAGCGAAACUACGGAGUCUCGCACUCGGUCCCUCAUGUCUACCUACAUCGCUACGCACACUUUAUCUACGCCACAUCGUUGCGACGGGAAACCUCAAUCCCUACGAGAGGAAUCUCAUGCACUCGGACGAAGCGCAGUGUCUAUCGCAACUCGUCAACCUGGGGGCGCGAAGAUCGCGCUUUCCGCAUCUGCAGAACAUGACACUAGCAAUCUGUCUACCUCCAUUCUUCGAGGACGUAGCCUCAAGGGUUGUCAAGGUUCAAGCACGGAAAGUCAAAGUGCAGCUGGACUUGAUGUUCAUGUAA